AUGUUGUUUGAUCUGCAAGUGGAAUUCAAGACGAUCAUUAUUGAUCUUAAUGGAUCAGAAGAUCGAAUCUUGCUGUGGAACCAGAUAUCUAAUAAACUUGAACUGGUCGAGGAUCUUGUAGUAUUUUUCGGUAUGAAUCAGCUAACACCAGUUUUCGCUUCAUGGCCACAGAAUAUCAAUAUUAUGAGUUCCGCUUGGUUCACUCUGGAAUAUGUUUUGGCGUGCACUUGUACUAGAAUUACACUCUACUGGUCUCAUUUGGGUAACAAAGAUUUGGAAGUGAUACUCAAGAAUUUGAAGACUGGAGGAUUUCGGAAUCUGGAGCGUCUGAAGAUCCAUGGUCGAAAUAUUACAAAUAUUGGAGCGACAAUUUUGGGAAUGAUUUUGAGCGAAUUAGACGGAAUGGUCUUCCAAACUGAUGAUGGAUUGAAGAAAGCAACUAUUACAACUUCCUUCCAAAAUAUUGAAAUGUCUGUAACUCGAUUUGAAUAA